AUGCACGUGGUCGACCCGACGCGGUUCCCGCUGGCCACGGACGCGCAGUACACGCCUUCGCCGCACACGCUGGCGGACGCGCGGGCCUUCUACGCGCGGUUCCACUGGCCCAUUGAGAACAUGGUGCUGGUGCAGCCGUCCAUCUAUGGCGCCGACAAUUCAUGUAUGUUGGAGGCUCUACGUGAGCUGACGCCGCGGCAUGGUCGUGCCGUUGUCGGGCUGGACCUGGAUCUGGCCGGAGCCACCACCACCACCACCACCAAGGGCAAGUCCAAGUCCAAGGACAAAGAUAGAUAUAUCGACACACUAUAUGAAUGGCACGAUCUGGGCGUGCGCGGCGCACGCGUCAACCUGGUCUCGGUCGGCCGCGACCUCUCUGAGGCAGAGUUGUGCGCCGAACUGGAGACCUACGCCACCUUGCUCCGCCCGCUCGACUGGGUGUUGCAGCUGUUCAUCCCCAUGAGACUGGCCGUGGCGCUGGAGAGCAUCGUGCCCGACCUGGGCGUGAGAGUCUGUAUCGACCAUUUCGGCUGGCCGGCUCUGCCGAAAUCCGAACCUUACGAUCCGUCCACCCCGACCGACCCCUACGCCCUGACUGGGUUUAGGUCGCUGGUCAAUCUACUGAAGAAAGGCCAAGGCCAAGGAAACGGCAAUGGUAACGGCAAAGGCCAAGGCAACGACAACGGCAGUAGUAAUGGCAAAGGAAACGGUAAGGGGCAGACCUGGGUCAAGCUGUCCGCGCCGUACAGACUGGCUCGCGACCCAGACAUGCGCGAUCUCGACCCCAUUGGGAGAGAAUUGGUUUUCCAGGCCCCGGAUCGCAUCGUCUAUGCCACUGACUGGCCGCAUACUAGGUUCGACAAUGUCGACCCCGUCCCCUUUGUCGAGAAGUGCUUCGAAUGGUGUGGAGGCGAUCCAGUUCUGAUUGAGAAACUCUUCAGAACGAAUGCCGAACAGCUGUGGGACAUCCCUGGUCGGAAAGUCACGAAGUCACCUCAGAUUGAAACGACGUAG